AUGACGCUCCUGCACCCUGUCACACCGCACCACGCGCACCACUCGCUCAUCCCCGCCAUCUCGACCUUCACCUCGUUCCUCCCCUCGUCGCUGUCGAUCGACCACCUGCGAGCGUGGUACACCAACCCUGCCACCGACCCGCUCCACCCGGCCAUCGCCUUCUCUCUCGUCACCUCGGCCGUCGUCUUUGUCCUCGGCGAGCUCACCGGCAACGUGUCGCAGGUCGACCGCCUGUGGACCUCGCUCCCGCUCAUCUACUCGGCCCACUUCACCUUCUGGCCUCUCGUCACGGGCCAGGUCACCCGCAUCGCCGACCUCGACCACCGCAUCCUCCUCGUCUUUGCCCUCCAGUGCGCCUGGUCGGCCCGCCUCACGUACCAGAGCGCCCGCCGCGGCUUCCUCACCCUCAACCCCUGGGGCGAGGAGGAUUACCGCUGGCUCGUCGUCCGCAAGCGCCUCCCCAAGUGGGCCUUCUCGCUCCUCGACCUUGUCUUUAUCGCCUUCAUCCAGAACCUCCUCCUCCUCGCCGCCGACCUCCCCCAGUACCUCCUCCUCACCCACGACCGCGCCGCGUCGUCCCACCUCUCGCAACUCGCCCGUCUCAAGCCGGGCCACGCCCCCGUCGCCCGCGUCCCGCUCAACCUCGCCGACGCCCUCCUCGCCGCCCUCUUCAUCGUCACGCUCGCCCUCGAGAUGCGCGCCGACAACGAGCAGCAGGCGUUCCAGAACAUCAAGAAGCGCGCGCUCGACAAGCGCACCAAGGGCCACGCCCUCACCGUCAAGGAGCAGACGGCCGUCGAGCGUGGGUUUGUCGCAGAGGGACUGUGGGCUUGGUCGAGGCACCCGAACUUUGCGUGCGAGCAGGCGACGUGGUACAUCCUCUACGCCUUCACCGUCGUCCCCUUCCUCCCGCUCGCCCAGUCCUUCACCUCGCACCCUCUCUCGACCCUCGCCCACCUCGGCUCGUCGACCCCGUCCGACAAGGCCCAGUCGGCCACGGCCAAGCUCGUCGACCUCGUGUCGAGCGUACCCGGCGCCCUCCUCCCCUCGCACGUCGACCUCGACAUGGCGCUCGCGGCGCUCCUCCACCCGUACACGACCCUGCGCGCCCUGUCGCCCGUCGACCCGCUGUCGCUCCUCAACCAGGGGGCCCUGUCGCGCCUCGGUGCCCAGGCCAAACUCGCGGCGCACGUCGCGAUCGCAGAGGUCAGGGCCGACGAGGGCACGUACUGGAACUAUGCCGUCCUCGCGCCCGUCAUCAUGAGCGCUCUGUUCUUCUCGAGCACCAUGUUGACCGAGGAGAUCUCGGCCGGCAAGUACCCGUGAG